UGCAUAAUACUCUUAUGGGUCUCAGGGCUCAUUUCUUAGUCCGCGUAGUUCCGUUUGGCAGAAAUACGCCCAUUUAGAUAGUCAAGUUCGCUAGGGUCACAUAUAUUGUAACCCAUGAAAAUGAUCGUCUGUGUAGGUUAAGCCUCCAAGGACUUCGUGAAUUAUGCCGAUUUCAGAAUUUUUGAGGAGCCCUUCUGUUGUGUUGUAAUUUAAAGGCAAUGAAAUCUUUUGAUAUUUCUUAUGAAAUAAGCAUUCUUCACCAAUUGGAGGUAUAAGAGAACAACGGCCCAUAUACGCAUGCUCACACUUCAUACCGUUAGUAGUGAGUGCAUUUGGUUCAUUUCUAAAGAGGAAAGCUUGAUUUGGGACACUGGAUAAAAAAUAGGAAAAAUGAAGACUGAAGUCUAAAAUAAUUGUGUCAUAAGUAGGCGAAAGCAUCCUGCAGGAAUAAGCCCGAAAAAGGAGAUACAAAAUGCGAUCAAGAGCCGCCUUUAAAGUUUAUCUCAUCAUUGUCAAUGUAUGCUUGUUUACAAAAAUAACAACAACUUCGAUUUCAACGUCAACGGUCGCUGAAAUGCGCCGAGGUCGGCCACCGAAGGGCACCAUUCACCAAAACACAAAUACAACUACAGCCGAUCGACAUCCUUCGAAUAUAAGCACCGUUGCCAACAGAACUACCGAAGGAACUGCAAUCUUUGAUUAUGAUGGUGGCACAACAUGGUCCGAGAGUAAAUUUCCUCGAAAACCUCCUCGUACAAUUGGACCGGUUUUCGGGCCGGAUUGGACUCCAAAAGAAAUCGAGAAGAAGUUGAGAGAAUCAAAAAUCAUUCCUGACGUUCUUCUCAAAUCUCCCAAGAAUUUAGUUCAGAUUAUUGUAAAUGCUUGGCUUAACAGGUCACGUACGACAAGCAAAGAACAGUACACACUACACAUGGGCACUUUGUACUCGUGCUUGCAGUUGGAGCAUCCACCGGUGGAAGUUGAGUGGCCUUGUGAAAAGGAUUCAUUUUACACCCUUAUUUUGACAGACCCCGACUCACCAACACCUGACGAUCCUUAUCAACGGGAAUUUCAUCAUUGGAUCGUGGGCAACAUCCCCGGUUGUCAUGUACGAGGUGGUGUCACACUCUCUGAAUACAUAACUCCUCUGCCCAUCACUUAUGCAGGUACGCAUAGAUAUGUAUUCCUGGUUUACAAGCAAGAUAAAGGUCGAAUGAAAUUCAAUUGGGAACAUAGAGAUGACAGACCAAUAGACGCGCUGAGAGGCGAAUUCAACAGUGAACAGUUUGCGAAGAAUCAUUCCUUGUCAGGACCGGUUGCCAUCAACUUUUUCACCGCCAACUGGGAAAUGACUGUCACGCCUUUGCCUGGUGACGAAGCGUGGCUCACGACAAAAGACUUCUUCGAUGAUUUCGAGGCUGACGUAGAUUGAGGCCAUAACAUGGUCCUUUAAACGAAUUGUCCCAAAAAAUUAUGAAUAUUAAGUAAACGGUGAAAAAUUAGUUAUGACGGGGGCAUGCCUGAAUUAAGGUGAAAAGACGGCCAAUUUAUGGUGUACCGAAAAAAACUCGUGUAUUUGUAAGAUUUAUUUUCCCCUCAUGGAAAAUAAUAUGUCACCUAAUGCUUAUUAUUUUUGAUCCUUUAUGCCUUAGAAUGCGUGGACGUGAAUUAAAACUAAAAAGAUCCAUUUUGAAAAAGUCAAACCCAAGCGGGAACUAUGGAUUUAAAAAGUGGAACAUAGAUCGAACACCAGAAGAAAAUUUGUUUCGAUAAAUUUUAGAUUUAAAAUGUCGACUGCGAUCUUUGAGAACAGUACUCCAUCUCUAAAAGUAGGUCAGCGAGGGUUUCAGGGCCGAUAUGAUAAUCUGUCUGCGUACUGAUUAAGAACUGGGGAGAACGAAUGUGUUAACAGCAAUGACUUUGUCGACCAGCCAUUUGUUUAGUCUUUCUUCUGAUCGACAUACUCAUUAUAUGCUAAAAAACCAAAAUACUUUAAAAUCGCCAUUUUUAUCCAGGAUCUCGACAGAAUUUUUAUUUUAGCUUAAAUGACUCAAGAGACACUGUCGUUCAAGAGUCUAAAGAUUUUUCGAUUGUAGCAGAUAAAACAAUUUAAACUUGUUCAAGUACACCGUGUAUUCUAUGGAGUAGGGCUGCUAUUCGACUCUUGUCUUCACGUCAAAAUUUUUACAUGGAAGCCCCAUACAAGAGACCAAUUUUUUGUAAUUUUGCCCCGAUUUUUGCUCCGUUACAUAAUUUAAUUGCUUGUAAAAUUAUGAGAUGAAUGAUAUUAAUUCCAAUUUA